CGCUUCCUGUUCACAGAAGGCAGCUAGUCGCCAUAUUUCGCAGUGAUAUGUGUACGGCAGAAGUUGCUGCGCCAUCUCACCACUUUGGAGUUUCUUUUAUAAGUGCUGUUGUGUUGAUAAACAAUACAGUACAGUAUACACAUCUAUUAUUCACAUAGACUGAUGCGCCUAUAAAGACCCCCCACUACUUGGAAGGAAAAGGUGAAGUUUUUUUUAGAGGGUCUAAAGAUUGAAAAACAAGAGCUGCUGCCAUGGUAACCUUUACGCCUCCGGUAUACCGUGCACCCGAAGAUUGGGACUCGAUACCACCACAUUCGUCUCCUCCGUUUCUUGGUUCAACACAACUUGUUAAAGUAGAAAGAAACAGUAAAACAACAAACGCCUUAGACAGUAGCGUUAGACUGUUGGGUGCUGCAACCGAUACUAAAAAGAGCUCUAGGAGGCUCCGUUCAAAUCGGUAUCGUCAGCAUUUUCACCAUCCCCAUCCUCUUCGACCAAGCCCGCUGGGACGGAACAGCAACCACUACAAUAACAACAACAUCGGAGGAAGACUUGCUCAGGCGGAGUCCUCAUCAAAUAAAGGGAACGAGGAAGCAUCUGUUUACCAAAAACACUGCAGAAAGGAGGUGCUGAAAUCAAAGACCAUGAAGUCAGAAAAACAUCCUCAUGGACAGCCUGUUCACAACUUACAUAAAUUGGAGCAUCCAAGCAAUGGCAGCAGACAAAGAAACAGGCACAGUAUGCAAUUAACAAAGGGCCCAUGCUUGCUGAGAAGUGAAACUAGUCACCAUCAGCAUGUUUCUUCUGAGGUGCAUACAAAAGAUGUGAAAAAGCCUUUGGACAAUGCAAAUGACAGUUUUGCAUAUGUAAAGAAAUCAAGCAUUUUACCCAGUGUUAAUUCCAAAGAAGGAGAUAGCUAUGCGGGAGCAAAAUUCAGUGACCCACCCUCUCCUAGUGUCCUCCCCAAACCACCGAGCCAUUGGGUGGGUCUCACAGGUCAACAUUCCGACAGAAGAAGGGAGCUAAUUGCGGUCCACCUCAAGACACUACUAAAGGUUCAGGGGUGACAAGUUAAUUUCAGGGCAGUCAGAAUUGACUUUGUCCUUGGUAAGAGUCAUUUAAUUUUGAAAAAGAAGCACUUCUUGGAGGAGUUGCAACAGAACGCCAUACCAUUUUUAGACUGCAAGUUUUACAUUUGUGUAUUAUAAGAGGCCUUGUAUACUAGGUUUUUAAAGGGUGUUUAAUUGUAAAUAUUGUAAUAUGUGUAAAUUCAUGUUCAUACUGUUAUAAAUUAUAGUUUUUUUAUAAAAGACUAUGUAUUUUGCACUGCCAUAUGGUAGAUUUUAUUAUUUUGUUUAUAAAAAGUGACAACUAAAGACUUCAGUACUCCAAAAGGCACAUGACAAUUCACAAGAUGAAUUGUAACUUUGCACAAGGUACUGAGUAUGAUUUUUAUUUUGAGGCAGCUCUUAAGAGGAAAAACUGUAUAUUUUGUUGUAAAUGAAGACCAAGACGAGCAGCUCUUGUAGAUGCACUACUGAGAAGAACUACGACAACUCCAGUCAAAACUGUAUCUGAAUUUUUGACAGUUUUUUUUACAAAAUGUGAUGUUACUGCUGACUGACAUUCUAUACUUACUUUUUUUUGCUGCUUUGAGAUUUGGUACUGCAGGCUUCUCAAGGACAUCCUGUUGAAACCCUUCUUGUUGAGUUAGUUACAUUAUUCCUGUUAAGAGGAACUUGUAUGAAGGAAGUUGGCUCUUCGUCUUCAUUCAGUGUUCUCCGGUAGACUGUGGGUUUAUCUGUAGAAAUUUGUUUGGUUAUCAUGAUUUGAACUUUUCUCUCCCCAAAAUUUCUGUCUUAUGUUACCAUGUAUGCAUUUUUCCUUUGUGAUGCACAGUCUUUCCUGUAAAAUUAGGAACACGGUUCCUGUUAAGAAGAGUUUGACAAGUUAGGAUUCCAGUUUUGUAUUGCAAGCCUAUUACCAGUUGCCUGUUUAAAUAGUUUGUGUAUGCUCUCCCUGUUGCACUUUGAUUCACAUUAACAAGUGGAACAUAAAAUUGGCAGCUAGUCUGUUGUGCCUCUCUCCCAACCUAGGUUGGAGUUCUGAUGAAACCCAUCCAGUUAAACUCUGACAGUUGUGGUGUCAGGACCUGGUGCUUGAGUUACAUUCUUGAUAACCGAAUAUAUUUACACAUCAUAGUGAACACCCAGUUUGAACUGUCUGAAUAAUGAGCCAAGAAUUUAAAUUGCCUAUUUUGACCAAAGUCUGGCUUAUUCUUAAUUUUAAAUAUACAGGCCUUAAAAUCAGUAGCACAUGUCUUUUGAUACCAUGCACGCAUUAACAUGUUUACAGAAACAAAACCCAUUUGGUAUGUUUUGCUGUCUUUGCAGCCUGUUUUGAGUGAAAGUAAAAAUAUUACUUUAUUAUGGUUGGCAGUAGCCAAGGAUGCUGGCCGCCUUGGCUUUGCACAUUGUUUGUACUUGAAUUUUUUUGAUGGAUGGCAUUCUAGUUUAAAUGCAUACUCCACAUUGGCCUUUUGUACUUUGAUUACAGUGGGGGAGAGAAGUUAUAAAGGGCAUUUUAAAAGUCCUGGGGGUCCCAAACAGAUGACUAAAACUGUAAGUGUGGGGUGUGUCUGUUAUUGUUUGGAAUGUACAUAUUUUUACCACUGGAGAACACUGUUACUGAUUUGAUCUAGGAGAAAUGUGUUGGCCCUGAAGUGCCAUAUAGUAGUGAAUAAAAAAUAUAAUUUGCAGGCUUAAAAUCAAGGAAAGGCAUUUUGUUGCAUCAUUUCUUAGAAAUGUCAUUAAAGUAAGUUUGUAUCCCAUUGUGAAAAAUUGGAUUUUUUAAACUAAAUUAAAUAAAACUUAUUUGGCCUUCCCCUUAA